UAUAAGCUCCCUGUAAUAUCUGUGGCUGUGAUAUUCAUCUGUGAUCCACGGCGCAUUUGUUACGUUAAUCCAGAGGUUUGUUGUGUUGGUCACAUGCAAAGUUUCUGAAAUAGAUGUCUUAACUUCAUGUGACUGUAUAAACGUUGGAGUAGAGAUGAACCAUGAUAUACUCGAGGUAUGCAAGGAGUUGGAUGGCCUAAUGAUUCGAGCUUUGGAACUUAUGGAGGAACAAAUUAAAUGUAAAUUAAAACUUCAAGAGAUUAUGAAGUCAGGUUGCCUGGAAUUAGCAAAAACUCGUUACAUAAUGGGUAACCAUAAUGUAUCAUACCUGCAAUUACCAACAGAAGGGAGUGCUGAAAUUACAGCUCUAAGAACAGUAGCUUCAUCAGUUGAAACCAAGAAUAAUUUGGAGCACAUGAUCUUUGAACUUCAUACUUUAAGUCCACAAAAGAAAUCACAGGGAAAACAAGAGGAGAAUAACCUUAGAAAUAGAGCAGAUAAAGAUGAUGAUGAAAGGAAAGAAGCAGAUGAUUUGAAUCAUAAGAAAGGUGAACAGAAUGGGAGUGUGCCUGCUUCUGACCCAAUAAAAUGGUUUGGUUAUCUUGUACCUCAGAACUUGCGUCAAGCUCAGAAAGGUUUUCACAUGGCAUUGGAGUUAGUGGUACAGAGUGCAAACAUUCAGUCUGAACUUGAGGCAACAUGCAAGAGAUAUGACAAGCUUUUAAAAUUGAAAACUAAUAUUGUAGCUAGUUAAUUGUAAUUGUGACAAAGUUGGAGGAUGUACUCCCAUUUUAAAGAAGCUAUAGUACAUUUCAGAAGCACUGAAGUGUGUUUGUAUGCAUGAUGAUGAAAAUGGUAAACAGCAUCAAAAUGGAGAUUUCAGCUUGAAUGGUCCAGACCAAGGAGCUAGAAUGGAUGAUAGAAAUAUGGAUGUAAUAUUACUGAAAUGUAGGUGCUAUGAUGUGGUGGCUAAAUUUAUGGCAUUAUUACUUAGAAUUUGCCAUAUGUGCUCAAAGCACUGCAACUGUGGUUUCCUGUAUAUGACUUCUCAACUAUAGACAAAUCAGAUGACAAUCUGAGUGACGAUUAAAGAGACUACUAGACAGUUACACUGUUGAGGCCAAAACAUGUAAUUUAUUGGCCUAACUUCAUGAUCAGAAGAUAAAUACUGGUGCAUGAAGAUAGUAGAUAUGGAAAACAAUGGAAUUUUCACAAAGCACUAAAUGGUCUGGAGUAAAACAUGGUUUAACCUAAAAGCUACAGGAAAUGUGAUGCCACAUUUCAUAACUACACUGUUUUUAUACAAAAUACUUUAAUAAUUACAAAUUUCAGAAAACACAAUUAUACAGUCUUCUCAAAAAGCUUUUGAUUGUCACUACAAUAAUACUCUAACUAAAGCACAGGAAUCUGAUGAGAAUAAAUCUGAAGAAACAUGUUAUCCACAGAUACUGCUGUUUUCCUUAUAGAACUGUUCACCGAACCAUUCUUGGUGUUCCUCCAUGUAACUGAAACAACAGAGUUAAGCUUGAAACUUCUUAAGGACUUGGCUCCAUGCAGUAUCCUAUAUUCUUAUAACACAGUCUUUAUCACCCCUUGAUUCUUAUCUGGGAGGUUACAGUUUAAAUCUUGGCUUGGAAACUGGUUAUUCUGAUGUUUUCUGUUAUUUUCAAAUUAUUAAUUUUAUAUAGUCAUGCAUACUGUCCAUUGUUUCUCAAAAUUAAAUGUUAACAAUACUGAA